GCUUCUGACGUCCAAUUACAUACUUAUUUUUUAUUUAAUGUGACGCGGCCACAAAGAGAUCCGGAUCCGACGUGACUUUCGGUUAUCUAUUUCAUCUGAUUCCAUCUCGAGUUUGUCCAAGUGCACGAUCUAUUGCGUUGUCCAUGCGAGUCGACGCGACGGCCAUCGUCACGUUUCGGCUAGUCUCCUUGAUCCCCUCUGAUCUUCGUGAUCUCCGGUCGCGAGAUUGCGGCAUGCGGUAUACUAUCGGCGUCUCCAGCGAGUGUUGUCGACGCAUCAAUUUCGGCUGACUGCCCACGCGAUUCAGCAUACGAAAGACGAGGAACCUCUCCGAGCCUAGGAGACCUAAAGCAAGCAAUGGAGUCUGAAUCCAGGCGCAAGGGUCCUAGAAGCCCUAGUGCUGAUUCAGAUGAUUCCUCACAUGCCAGAAGGAGAAGAAAGUACGAUCGGUCACCAUCUCCAAGACGAAAUCGGUAUCGUCGGUCUCGCUCUAGGGAUAGAAGGUCUCGUUCGAGUUCUAGGGACAGAAGGCGUAAAGAGUCUAGUAAUAGACAAGACUGGAAGCAACAAGCACCACCUCCAUCCCAGACCCAAAGUUCUGUACCUAAUCCGAACAAUUCUACUGGUUAUGUUUCAGCGGUACACAAUCAAUAUCAGGCACCUCCACCGAACACAAGUCAGCCACCGCCACCUAUUUCUGCCUAUAAUCAGGGAUAUAACAAUUAUGGUUAUAACUAUGGUACGAGCUAUGACUACAGUUAUCAACAACCUGCUGGAUAUAGAAGUGAUUACCCACCGCCCAACUGGCAAGCGAAUCAAGUGUCAUAUAACAACCAGCAAGCACCACCACCUCCUUCCUUGACAUCACAACAAGAAUCGUCAAGGCCAAUUGAUAGCGGUUCUUCUGGCUUAGUGACAUCUUUAACAAGGCCUGACGACGCCAGGCAAAAAGAAGCAAUCGCAGCUGAAGUGAAACAACAGAAAGCAACAUUGGCCAAGCAACGAGAAGAAUAUGUUAAGAAAUCUGCCACGUUGCAACGCGAACUGGAAAUUCUGCGUCAGCAAUGUGACGAGAUAAGCAAGGAGGGCGGCCGCGAAAAUAAUCGAAUUUUAAAGGAAAAUCAGAAAUUGCAGGUUGAAAUACAAACUAAAAUGAAGUCUAUUCACAAUGUCAUCGAUAUGCUCACUGGUAUUAUUGGUGACAAAGCUACCGUGGACGAUCUGAAGAACAAAUUUAAGCAAGAAUUGAGUAAGCGCUCGAGAAGUCCAAAGGAGGACUUUCCGAAAGGGAAGUCUCCUUCGCCCAAUAGAUCAUCAGCUUCCGAUUCGGAUAAGGAGUCCAAAGCAGAAAGAGAUAUUAAGGAGAGAAGAUCGUCGGAAGAUAAGCCAAUGUACAAUUUUGUUCACUACGAUCCUGAAAUGCAUUGGUGUAAAGUCUGCGAUAUCUUUCCUAAAACAGCAAAGGAAUAUUUAAAUCAUCUACAUAGCAAUGAACACAAAGAGGCUUGUUUAGAACGCAAGAUUGUUGAUAUGCCAUGGCAUGAGCGAAAUGGCGAAGGGACAGAAAAAGAAGUACCCUUUUAUCACGGACUACCAACGAAAAGAACGCCUAUUAAAGGGCUGCAGUUCUUUAGUGCAGCAACGGCUUGGUACUGCAAACUUUGUGACUCUUGGAUAGGGGACCUUCAUUGUGCAAGUCUGCAUCUCAAGUCUAAACGCCAUUCUGAGAAUUUUUCUCGCUUUGUGGAACAAAAUCCUCAUUGGGAAACUGACUGGAUGGCUGAUAGAGAAAAGGCAUUUUCCGAGGAAAAACACAAACAGAUACAAUUGGAAUUGCAGAAGCAGAAAGAUGACGAUCCGCCGAUAAAAUCGAAGAAAUCGAAGAAGAAUAAGAAAAAAUCAAAGAAAGCGAAAAAACGCAGAAAUAAAAGCAGUGCUAGUGAUACGUCGAGUGAAUCAGAGAAUUCUGAUACAGAAUCAGAUCAAGAUACUACCAAGAGUAUACGUGUGGCAAUGCGAAACAAGAUGAAAGCAUCCACGCAGGCAAUUUUGAAUGAAGAAAUAGAUUAUCAGCCUUUAAAAUUGAAAGGACAUUGGUCAAAAACAUCGUCGCAGAUUAAUCAGUCACCGCUCCCCGAACAACAUCCGUCGGAGGCGGACGAUAGACAACUCCUGAAUUCGAUCAGAGACAAAUUGAAGGCCAAACAAGAGGAGGAGAUGAAAAAUCGUAAGGGGAAUCCAGAGAAAAUGGAAGAGGAAUAUGAUUUGCAGCAGGACGUUUAUUCAAAGAAAUCAGAGGAAUUGGAGGCUUGGGGUCCAAAGGAGCCACCAAAGCCUUUUUGGAUUAAGAAAGAAGAGGAGAGGCAAUCUCAGGCGAUCGCAUCAAAUAAACCGAUCGAGUUGCCGAAACCAGAAGAGAUGCCGAAACCGCACAUGGGAUUCUGGACUAAACAGCAAGUGAACAUGACAGUGAAGCCGCCUGAAAGUAAGUCAGUUGAAAAAGAAGAUGAUAGGGAUCGCGAUAGAGAUCGUUACAAAGAUGAUCGCGAUCGUAAGUACAGUAGAUAUGAUAGAAGAAGUCGACGCGACAGAGAUCGAGAUAGAGACAGAGACCGUGAUUACUACGACGAUCGUCGAAAGAGAGACAGAGACAGCAGAGACGAUUCUCCAAGACGUGAUAGAAAUUGGCGCGAUAGCAGUCCUAAGAGAGGCUACGACAAGUAUAGCAAGGACAGACGGGGAGAUAAUGAUAAUUCAUCGAACGACGAAUCCAAAUUUGAUUCAAAAAAGUCAAACGAGAAGUUAAAGAAAGGUGCCGUUUCGAGCAAGAAAUCCGCGCCUCAAGUAGCGGCCAAGGGAAAAUUACCGUUCAUCGGCCGAUUACCUUUGUUCAAGAAAAAGGUCGAAGAGCCGAAGUUACCGGAAAAAGAUAUCGCACCGUUGCCUUACCAACAAAGCAAGUUUGAAGACACGCCAAAAGUACCCAACGAGAUUAUCAAUCCACCUGGUGUUGUGCAUAUUACCAAAUUAGCUACCCCAGUAAAUUUAAAUAGCAGCACUAUGGCUCCAGUGACAGGCAAAACUAACAAUCAACCUAUGAAGAUUCUAGUGGCGCCUCCGCCCCCCGUCCUGAACGAAAAUAAACCGACCCAGCAGGUGGUCGACAUGGAGAUAGAUGAUCAGUCCGAGGAGACGGUCAUAGAAGAGCAGCCAGUAGUCGAGCAGCAACAAAAACAACAGCAAACUUCGAGCGUGUCGAAAUUGCCGUUACCCCCGCAUCCACCACCACCAUUGAACAGACCACCACCCAGCUUCACUCCGAGUCAGCAACAACCAGCAGCGCAGCAGAAUAGACCAUCGGUGCAAAGUACAUUACCGGCACCGCACUUUACGCCAAAUCGACCGCCUCCACCGUUCAUGUCAAAUCCACCACCAUUCGUUCAAGUACCACCAAGAUUUCCGCCUCGUCAAGCUGUACCACCCGCUCCCUUCAUGACGCAGCCGCCACCGAUAUCGAACGCAAACUUUGUGCAGAAUCCGCCGCCGCCGACGGUAGUAGAUUCGGGUAGUGCUGGGGUGCCGCAUUCUGACGUGGCCGAUAUACCGGAACCGUCAGAGAAACGUCCGGCAGAUCCGAGCACUCCAUUGCCGGAUGAUUUACAAGAAGCUCUCAAUAUAAUCUUUCCUAAGGAGGAAACCGCGGAAACCAAACAGCAACAACAGAGUCAACAGGAAUCUAACAUUAUGUAUUCUUCUAUGUACAGUAUGUUGGGUUGUGUAGGAUAUGGUCCCGAGUACAUGGAUCAGCCACCACCCGAAAUUAUGCAAGAAGCGGAAGCGGACACGCAACCCGGGCCCGAUGAUUUGCGCAUGUUGGGCAUCGAUGAGGGUGAUACGAUUUUGUAAAUCAUGAUCGCGAUCUAUGGAUUCAUUAUCGAUGUAUGGCAUUUCGUUAAUGAUUCACGUGCAAGAAAAAUCGCAAUAGAGAAGAUUAUUUAUCCGUAUCUAAUCUUUAUCAUUUAUUUCGAUAAUAUUUUAUCAAUAACUUUCUUUUAUGUUUUGAAAUAGAAUAUGAUAAAAAAAAAAUAAAACAAUUCUACGACAGAUGAUCCUAAAAUACUGUGAACAUAUAAAGUCAGCGCCAUAAAAAAUUAAAAAUUUGGCCCAGCUUAAGCAACAUGUACGGUCUGUAAAGAUUACUUAACGAUAUACAGUAGAACUUACAAAUUGCCCGCUAGAUUAUGUUAUUAUUUCGUUAACAUAACUAUUCUUUUCAUUUAGUAAUAUAUUUUUGUCAAUUUUGUUUUAGAAAAUAGAUACACUAUUGCACAAUCAAUAUCACAUUUUUAAUGACAUUAACAAUAAUAAUGAUUAAUGUAUGAUAUAGUUUUAAACUUUGUCUCUAUCUUUUAAAAAAAAGGUUAUAAGAAUUUGUUGAAAAUCGAUAAAUCUGAAUAAUGUUAUGGAAUGUUAUCAGUGCAUAAGUCAAAAAAAUAAGACGAGAUGUAAUAUCAAUAAAAGAAUACAAUUUCA